AUGGCCAAACUCUUGCCUCUCGACGGCGGCGACUACUACGCCUGGAAGUAUCUGCCGUCGCUGCCCGCCUCCGUCCUCUUCUGCGUCCUCUACGGCAUCCUCACGAUUGCCCACUCCUACCGUCUGUACAUCAACCGUCUCUGGUUCUGCAUCCCCUUUGCCGUCGGCGGUUUUCUGGAGGUCGUCGGCUAUGCUGUCCGCUCCGCGGCCUACUCCCGCACCAACCUGCUGCCGCCCUAUAUCGUGCAGAGCCUCUGCCUGCUCCUGCCGCCCGCCUGCUUCGCUGCCUCUGUCUACAUGGUCCUCAAGCGCACCAUCCUCACCGUAAACGGCGCCCACUACAGCAUCAUCCCCGUCAAGUGGCUCACCCGCCUCUUUGUCACCGGCGACAUCGUGACGUUCUGGGUCCAGGGCGGCGGCGGCGGCCUCAUGGCCAGUGACUCGCUCGCCAGCACCGGCGAAAAGAUUGUCGUCGGCGGCCUCGUGCUGCAGGUCCUGCUCUUUGGCCUGUUUUGCGCCACCGCCGUCGUCUUCCACCGCCGCUUCAAGACGCAGGCCGUUGGCGCCGUCCGCAGCAGCAGCAGCGGGGCCGGCGCCGACGUGCGCUGGGAGCGCAUCCUGUGGAUGCUCUACGGCGUGUCCGCCCUCAUCAUGGUCCGCAGCAUCUUCCGCGUCGUGGAGUUCGCCAUGGGCCAGGACGGCUACCCGCUGUCGCACGAAUGGACCCUCUAUGUCUUUGACACCGUCCCCAUGUUCGUCGUCAUGGUCGUCUUUUACAUCUGGUACCCGGGCAGCCUCGACCCGCACCCCAGCAACGGCCGCGGAAAGCACCUGCACAGCCGCGACGUGGAGAGCAACCGCCGCCACGCCAGCAACGGCGCCGAGACGGACUACAGCCAGGGCUCGGUCCAGAUGGAGCCCUUCAAGCCCGACGAACGGCGCCGCUAA